AUGGACGCCAUUAAGGAGACCUUUGCCAAGUGCAAGGAGCAAAGGCGUGCCGCUCUGGUCGCCUAUAUCACUGCUGGAUACCCUACUACUGAAGAGGCUGUUGAUAUCCUUCUUGGAUUGGAGAAUGGCGGUGCUGAUAUUAUUGAACUCGGUAUCCCUUUCACAGACCCAAUCGCAGAUGGUCCCACUAUCCAAAAAGCCAACACCAAGGCCCUCGAGAACGGCGUUACCGUGACCACAGUCCUUGAGCUUGUACGCACCGCCCGACGCCGGGGCUUGAAGGCCCCCAUUAUGCUGAUGGGCUACUACAACCCUGUACUACGCUACGGCGAGGAGCGUAUGCUCAAGGACUGCAAGGAGGCUGGUGUCAAUGGUUUCAUCAUGGUCGAUCUGCCCCCAGAGGAGGCCGUUCGCUUCCGCGACCUCUGCGCCCGCACUGGUCUUUCUUACGUUCCUCUGAUCGCACCCGCAACCUCCGAGUCUCGCAUGAAGCUUCUGUGCAAGAUUGCCGACUCCUUCAUCUACGUCGUCUCCCGCAUGGGUGUUACUGGUGCCACCGGUACGCUGAGCGCUAAUAUUCCCGAGCUCCUGAAGCGUGUUCACGAAUACUCUGGCAAUGUCCCCGCUGCUCUUGGAUUCGGUGUUAGCACUCGUGAGCACUUCCUGGCUGUUCAGGAUACUGCCGAGGGUGUCGUCAUUGGUAGUCAGAUCAUCACCGUUGUUGGGAACGCUCCUGCUGGCCAGGCCGCCAAGGCCGCCGAGGAUUAUCUCUCCAGCAUUACCGGCCGGAAGCGCGAGCGUGAUACUCAGGGUUCUCUGACCCAUGAGAUCAAUGUGAUUGAAGCUGUUCAGAAGGCCCUUCCUGAUGCCGAGUCUGCCCCCACCAAGGUUAUCACCGAGGCUGACACCCCUGCCGGCCCUGGCCUGGCCGAUCAACUGGAGGCCCUCAAUAUUACCAAGGACCCCUCUGCACAGCCAUCCCGCUUUGGCGAGUUCGGUGGUCAAUAUGUUCCCGAGUCCCUCAUGGAUUGCUUGGCAGAGCUCGAGAAAGGAUUCGAUAUUGCCCGCAAUGAUCCCAAGUUCUGGGAGGAGUUCCGCUCCUACUACCCUUACAUGGGCCGCCCCAGCAGCCUUCACCUCGCUCAGCGCCUGACUGACCAUGUUGGCGGUGCUAACAUCUGGUUGAAGCGUGAGGAUCUUAACCACACUGGUAGCCACAAGAUUAACAACGCUCUGGGUCAAAUUCUUAUUGCUCGUCGUCUGGGUAAAACUCAAAUCAUUGCCGAGACCGGUGCUGGUCAGCACGGUGUCGCCACUGCCACUGUCUGCGCCAAGUUUGGUAUGAAGUGUACUGUCUACAUGGGUGCCGAGGACGUCCGCCGCCAGGCCCUCAACGUGUUCCGGAUGAAGCUGCUCGGUGCUUCCGUUGUUGCCGUCGAUGCUGGCAGCCGUACUCUCCGUGAUGCUGUCAACGAGGCUCUCCGCGCCUGGGUUGUCGAGCUCGACACCACCCACUACAUCAUUGGUUCCGCCAUCGGCCCUCACCCCUUCCCCACCAUUGUCCGCACCUUCCAGUCCGUUAUUGGUGAAGAGACCAAGCAGCAGAUGAAGGAGGCUAUCGGCAAGCUCCCCGACGCAGUUGUUGCUUGCGUCGGAGGUGGCAGUAACGCCGUCGGUAUGUUCUACCCCUUCUCCGACGACCUCAGCGUCAAGCUCAUUGGUGUUGAGGCUGGUGGUGAUGGUGUCGAUACUCCCCGCCAUUCCGCCACUCUGUCUGGCGGUUCUAAGGGUGUCCUUCACGGUGUCCGCACCUACGUUCUCCAGAACGAGCACGGCCAGAUCUCUGACACUCAUUCCAUUUCCGCCGGUCUGGACUACCCCGGUGUUGGUCCCGAGCUGAGCGCUUGGAAGGAUGCUGACCGUGCCACCUUCAUUGCUGCCGACGACAGCCAAGCUCUUGCUGGCUUCCGUGCCCUCGCCCAGCACGAGGGAAUUAUUCCCGCCUUGGAGUCGUCCCACGCUGUCUGGGGCUGCAUGCAGUUAGCCAAGACCAUGAAGAAGGGCGAGAACAUUGUCCUGAACCUGAGUGGUCGUGGCGACAAGGAUGUCCAGAGUGUUGCCGAUGAGCUUCCCCGUCUGGGUCCCAAGAUCGGCUGGGACUUGCGUUUCUAA